AGGUUCGAGCUCAGUUUGAACAGUUUUGAGGUAGUAGUUUGAUUUUGCAGAAACCAAACUAUAGGUUUAGUGAAAGUAAUUUAUAAUUUGGGUUUUGUGUUUAGAACUGAGAGAAGUGGAUGGAUGGUGUUGAGAAAUGUGUUUUAACAGUGGAGAAAAACUGUAAUCUUAGCAUCAGUAAACAUUUUUAAAAAAAAGUAGUGUGGUCUGGAGCCACAUGAUUUGCAUCUGCAAACAGAUAUAAGGAAGCAUGUAGAGCAAAAACGGUCAAAGGUGUUUGUUGCUCCUCCUCAACGUCUCAGACUGUGAUCUCACCAUGUUCAUCUACUGUGACUUAGCAGCGCUGGUGCUUGUGCUUACUUUUUAUAGACAAGCUCAUGCAGGUAAAAUCAUUGGUGGCCAUGAGGCUGCACCUCACAGCAGGCCGUACAUGGCGCUUUUGACUUGCCGCGCCGACAAUGGUAGCGAAACAUAUUGUGGUGGGGUCCUCGUGAGUGAAUAUUUUGUGAUAACUGCUGCCCACUGCAAAGCCAAGUCUUAUGAGGUUUGUCUUGGACUGCACAGUUACGGCAAAAAUAGUUCAUGUUUGUCUGUGGAGCAAGAUUUUCCACAUAGGAAUUAUGAUAACAAAUAUUACACAAAUGACAUCAUGCUUUUGAAGUUGUCUACCAAAGCUAUUUUCGACAAGAACGUGCAGCCUAUUGUCCUGGCAGACAUGUGUGACAACAAACUUCCCAAAAAGUGUGUAGUAUCUGGCUGGGGAGCAACAAGCGACGACAAUAAAAACAUGUCUAAUGAGCUGAGGGAAGUCAAUGUGACGCUCACUCAUGGUGAUUUCUGUACUGAGAAAAAUGAGUACUGCUCUAAAGGGGAGGACGGACCGGCUGAGGGAGACUCUGGUGGUCCGUUAGUCUGUGAAGAUGGAAAAGCCUUUGGAGUGAUCUCAGCAAAGAGCCUCACUUUUAAACUGACCAAGUACGCUAAGAUACCCUACUACAGAGAGUGGAUUGAUGAGAUUAUGAAACAUAACUGAUUAAAUACUGUUCAGAUAUUUUUCAACUACAUAAGAAGAAUAUCUUACGUUAUUUUCAAAUGAAUUAGUUUUGUGUAGCUUCUUGCUAAUUGGAAUAAGAAAAUUGUUUUUUUUUGUUGUUUUUUUUUCCAUUUAGCUUGUGAUCCUUAAUAAAAUCAAGCUUUCUGGCUUUCUUACAUAGAAACGUUUUAAUCUACUUUGAAUAAUUACUUGAGCAUACUGUACUAUUUGAUAAGUAGGACCAAUUGGAAUGUAUAAGUGAUUGAAUAUAUAUAUACAGUAUAUACAGUAUAUAUACAUGUAUAUGCGACUUAGAAAGAGCUCAGCAAUGUUGGAUAUGCAGAGAUAGCAAAUCUUAAUAAACUAUAAGACUGCUUCUGAAAUCU